AGCCUCUUUAUACAGACUUGUUUCUUCACGAUAAUUCCUCGGACGGUGUUUCUAGAACAUGGGCUGCCGGAUUAUACAAGGUAUCAAUAGAAGCCGAGGUGUGGGAUAUACUCGGGGAUAGAAAGGUUACUGUAAGGAUUGGCAUCUUGAUCUAUGGUACCGACGCGCAACAGCGGCUGAAACUUUAGAAGAUAAAGUUUAUUAAAAAGUCAGCCAACCUAUUGCGCUCCUGCUGGCUCUGAAGUCUGGAUCCAUGAUUUAAAAUAGAUCAUUCUAGAGAGGACACUUGGACAACAUGAGUUUGGACAAAACCAAGGUGGAGGAUGAAGCAGUCCUGGAUAGAGGAGCAUCCUUUGUCAAACAUGUCUGUGAUGAAGAGGAGGUGGAAGGCCACCACACGGUGUACGUCGGCGUGCACAUUCCCAAGAGCUUCCACCGCCGCCGCCGCCACCGUCGCAAGUCCAGCCACAAGGAGCGGCGGGAGAGGCCGGCGGAGCGCAGCGCGGACGACAAGUCGGACGGCGAGGUGGUGGACGAGGCUGCCAUCAGCAUCCUCAAGCCUCUCAUCACCCCGGCCGAGAGGAUCCGGUUCAUCCUGGGCGAGGAAGACGACGGUCCCCUGCCCCCGCAGCUCUUCACCGAGCUGGACGAGCUGCUGGCCGUGGACGGGCAGGAGAUGGAGUGGAAGGAGACCGCCAGGUGGAUCAAGUUUGAGGAGAAGGUGGAGGAGGGGGGCGAGCGUUGGAGCAAGCCCCACGUGGCAACGCUGUCCCUGCACAGCCUGAUGGAGCUGAAGACCUGCAUCGAGACAGGCACCAUCCUGCUGGACCUGGAGGCCUCAACGCUGCCCCAGAUCGUGGAAAUUAUCACCGAUGGCGACCAGCUGAAGCCAGACCUGAAGGAGAAGAUCAUGUACACGUUGCUACGGAAACACCGACACCAGACCAAGAAGUCAAACCUCCGCUCUCUUGCUGACAUCGGCAAAACGGUUUCCAGCGCUAGUCGGCUGUUUUCCAACCAGGAGAACGGUAGUCCCACCACCACCCAUCGCAACGCCACCUCAAGCAGCCUCAGUGACUUCUCAGAGAAGGCUGAACGGGACCAGGCGAAGAACAAGUUCAUGAAGAAGCUGCCCCGGGACGCGGAGGCCUCCAACGUGCUGGUGGGAGAGGUGGACUUCCUGGAGACCCCCUUCGUAGCCUUCGUGCGUCUCCAGCAGGCGGUCAUGCUGGGGACCCUGACGGAGGUCCCGGUGCCAACCAGGUUCCUGUUCGUUCUCCUUGGGCCGAAGGGGAAGGCCAAGUCGUACCAUGAGAUCGGGCGGGCCAUCGCUACCCUGAUGUCAGACGAGGUGUUCCACGACAUCGCCUACAAGGCCAAGGACCGGCAGGACCUGCUGGCCGGCAUCGAGGAGUUCCUGGAUGAGGUCAUCGUCCUGCCGCCAGGGGAGUGGGACCCGGACAUUCGGAUAGAGCCGCCCAAGUCCGUCCCCUCCGCAGACAAGAGGAAGCACAACUACGCCGCCGUGGAGAUGCCCCCGAUGAACGGAGACACGCCCCACGACAUGGGCCCCGGGGGGGGCGGGGGGCACGAGGUCGGGGAGGAGCUGCAGUGCACCAGGCGGUUUUGCGGGGGCCUGAUUCUGGACGUCAAACGGAAGCUGCCGUUCUUUGCGAGCGACUUCUACGAUGCACUGCACAUCCAGACUCUGUCCACCAUCUUGUUCAUCUACCUGGGCACCGUCACCAAUGCCAUCACGUUUGGCGGGUUGCUAGGUGACGCUACGGACAACAUGCAGGGCGUGCUGGAGAGCUUCCUGGGAACAGCCCUGACGGGGGCCGUGUUCUGUCUGCUGGCCGGACAGCCCCUGACGAUCCUCAGCAGCACCGGGCCUGUGCUUGUCUUUGAACGGCUGCUCUUCAACUUCAGCACGACCAACGGCUUUGACUACCUGGAGUUCCGGCUGUGGAUCGGGCUGUGGUCGGGGGUGUUCUGCCUGGUGCUGGUGGCCACGGACGCCAGCUUCCUGGUGCAGUAUUUCACCCGCUUCACCGAGGAGGGCUUCUCCGCCCUCAUCAGCUUUAUCUUCAUCUACGACGCCUUUAAGAAGAUGCUGAAGCUCGCCCACCACCAUCCCAUCAACAAGGGCAACCUCGUCCCGCAGUAUGACUGUCGCUGUAUACCCCCCUUACCAGGUAAUUUGACGGAUCUAUACAGCAAUGAUACCUCCUGGGGCAGCACUACUCCAAUGCCGGGGAACGCGACGGUGAACGUGAGCUGGGCAUCCCUGGACAAGGAGCCGUGUCUGCGCCUCGGGGGCUCGAUGAAGGGCAGCGCCUGCACCUUCGUGCCGGACAUCACCUUGAUGUCCUUCAUCCUGUUCUUCGGGACCUACACCUGCUCCAUGUGCCUGAAGAAGUUCAAGACCAGCCGCUUCUUCCCCACCACGGUCAGGAAGCUUAUCAGCGACUUCGCCAUCAUCCUAACCAUCUUCCUGUUCUGCGGCGUGGACGCCUUGGUGGGCGUCAACACACCCAAGCUGCUUGUUCCCAGCGAGUUCAAGCCCACCCACCCCGGCAGGGUCUGGUUCAUCCCCCCGUUCGGAGGCAACCCCUGGUGGGUGUGCCUGGCGGCGGCACUGCCCGCCCUGCUGGUCACCAUUCUCAUCUUCAUGGACCAGCAGAUCACCGCCGUCAUUGUCAACCGGAAGGAGCACAAGCUCAAGAAAGGGGCGGGCUACCACCUGGACCUGUUCUGGGUGGCGGUGCUGAUCAUCGUGUGCUCCUUCACCGGCCUGCCCUGGUACGUCGCGGCCACCGUCAUCUCCAUCGCCCACAUCGACUCCCUGAAGAUGGAGACCAAGACCUCCGCGCCCGGGGAGAUGCCCAAGUUCCUGGGAGUCAGGGAGCAAAGGGUCACGGGGGUCAUUGUGUUCAUCCUGACCGGACUGUCUGUCUUCAUGGCUCCCAUCCUCAAGUUCAUCCCAAUGCCCGUGCUCUACGGAGUGUUUCUCUACAUGGGAGUGGCGUCGCUCAACGGAGUCCAGUUCAUGGACCGCCUGCAGCUGCUGCUGAUGCCCGCCAAGCACCAGCCCGACCUCAUCUACCUGAGGCAUGUCCCGCAGCGCCGCAUCCACCUCUUCACCUUCAUUCAGGCGCUCUGCCUGGCCCUGCUGUGGAUCCUCAAGUCCACCGUGGCCGCCAUCGUCUUCCCUAUCAUGAUCCUGGCUCUGGUGGCGGUCCGCAAGGCCAUGGACUACCUGUUCUCCCAGCACGACCUAAGCUACCUGGACGACGUCAUCCCCGAGAAGGACAAGAAGAAGAAGGAGGACGAGAAGAAGAAGAAGAGCAGCAAGAAGAAGGGGAGCAUCGACAGUGAGAUCGACUUUUCUGAGUAUCCCUCCCACGAACAUAUCCCCGGUAUUAAAAUCUCUAUGGAUACUAUGGAGCAGGAGCCAAUGUUGGGGACUCAGUUUGAUAGAGAUGCAUCGAAAGCUUUCCUCAACCCGCACUCAGCAUGCUGACCCCUACUUUGACUCCCUCACACUGGCAGAUCUAGACAGGGAUCCCCAUCAGAAGUCUGCACCUCAGAGCCGAAUGGAGCUGGCCGCCGAAAGCAACGGGUUCUGCUGGAGGAAUAAAGGCUCUGAGACGCCAAUGUAAACCCAUCCACCUCCCAGCACUAAGAGAACCAAGGAAAGCACAUCUGCAUCAAAACCAGCACCGCUAGCUAACCCAACCAGGCCCCACACUGCAUUACCACCCCUCUGCAAGCAGGGGGACGGGAUCUUUGUUUUAAAAAAUGUCCGUUGUAUGUCGAUGUGAAAUGUGUGCCGGUGGCACUGAGUGCGUCACUUGACGGACGUGGUUUAUGAGGACAGCGGUGGGCCUCCUACCUCCAAGUGUAUUUGAGGUUUUUCAUGCAAAGUCAUUAAUUAAUUUGAAGGCACCCCUCAAAAGCUGUUAAUUUUUUAUUUAAGGUAAAUCUGGAAAACAAGGUGUUUCAGACGCUGAUAAUGUGACAUGUGGACUAUGACUGUUCAGACCAAAGCGACGUCCUUGCGAAGGGUUUUUAUUUUAUGUUUAUACCCGUGUAGUACUUUUUCAAUGUUCGUGAUUUUGUAUUUUGUAAAAAUGCAUCCGCAACAAAAUUGGACUCUUCAUUUUUAAUUUUUAGGAUUGUAUCGUGUCUUAAGCGUUUUUUUUAUAUUAGAUCCGUACUUCUAGAAUCAUUUGCUUUGAACCAUAAAAACACGGCUUUAUUUAAAGGGUCAAGAGUCCAAGGUCAUAGCAUGUAUCUGUUGUGGGGAAAUAUAUAGUGCAUCAAUUUUUUAUUAACGUGAUGCAUAUGCAAUUAUGUUCCAUUAUAUUUUAGAGACAUCAAUGAUUAAAUCAUCUCCUUAAACCUGCCGUUAUGAAUACAAAUGUGCAAAGCAUCCUAAUUAUAACUUUUUUUUUAAAGCUGCAAAGUUGUAAUUUUUGUGCAAUCCAGAUGACCACUUUCAGUCUCCCUUUACAAACAAACCAAGGAUUUAACACCAUGACCUGUAUUCUACCACGUAACAAUCCUUCUCUUAAAGCACACCCUAAUCAUGUAGUUUACUAAUGUGUCUUAAUAGCUUUAGUUCUCCUUCUAUGGAGAUGCCAGGCUCAACACACUGAGAGAAGUGAAUAAAACCGUUACCUGGAGUACUGUUUCAUCUAUUAAUGGCUUUUAAGGUUUCAGGUUUUUUAAUGUAGCAAAAAUGGCGUAUGCAUCUGCAGCCAUCAAAAAUGUCUUUAUUUUGAAUUAAAACGUAACAUUUGACCAGUGUUACAUUUUUACCAAUUUAUUUUUUACAAUUUCUCACAAAGAAAGGCAAACUGCUUUAAAUUGUUUCUUAUUUCCAGUUAUCUAUCUUGAUUACUCUAUCAAUUUUGGAAAACUUUUAAUUUUCUCAGGCCAAAUACUUUGAAACUAUGCAAUUCUUGAUGUCGAACUUGAAUGUUCAAUUUUUUUAUAAAUUUCAGCUGUCUGACUGUUUUUUUUCCAAGGAUAUUUGUAUAGAUUACUGCCAGAGAUCAUAUUUCAUAUUUCCCAUCUAAAUUCUUAGAUCUUAUUGGUAGGCUACUUCUCAAGCAAAUGUAUCAAUGUGCUAAUUAGUAUUUUUUUAUUUAAUGUGGACCUAAUACUAAUCUAUGCAGUUAUUUAUAAGGUGAAGGACAACACCCGAAUAUAUAAGUAGAGGUAAUAUUUAAACCUGAAGAGAGUUGGACUCGAGUUGUUGUUAUUUAGAUUACCAGUGCAUUACCUGUAUUUAUAUUAUCUGGGCUUCACAAUGAAUGUACAAUUUUCUACACAGAAAGAAUAAAAGCUAUCAAAACUGCAGAAAGAAGGCAGAGGUGAAGACUUGGGUGAGAGUACUUCAUGCCGUAGUUUUUUUUAUUGAAUGAAUUGAAGUAUCAAAUCAAUAAAAAUAAAAAAAAGUAAA